ACAAGAUUGAAUGAAAGUUAGUAAGGCAUGGGGAAAGAAGAAUCAAUUCACCAAAUAAAGCUGUCAAUCAAGCAGUGGGAACAUGAGUUUCAACAAAAACACAAUCACCUACCGACAAAAACCGAUAUAAAGAAUCUACCUGAAAUCCAUAAACUAUAUCAAGCAUACAGAGAUGCCAAAAAGAAAACCACAGUUCCACACAAUAGUCGAAGUAAAAAGGAGAAGGAGGAGAAAAAAGCUGAAGGUGUGAAACAUAUUGAUAUCAAAAUCACUGAGUCUUUCUCGGACGAAGAGGAAGCAAAUCAAUUUAAAAAUACCCCGGGAGAUUCCUUGUCACUUAAUGCAGAAUUGGGCCCAACACCUCAAGCAAAUGGUAAGAUUCUAUCUAUUUUCGAUAUUAGCUUGACACCUCCCGAAUCAUCUCCUCUUAAACCUAAAAUUGCAUUACCUGAAAUAUCCAGAUCCCCAUUGAAACCAAAAUCUGAAAAUUUCAAGACUCCAACAAAAUCUGGAGUAAAACGCCUUCAAUUCCUGGAUUUGACCCCAUCUAAAAAGCAAACACCCGUAAAGGGGCUCACAUCAAAACUUCAUUCCAUCGCCAAUGAAAGCUCGCCUAUCGCUACUCCAAAAUCGAGUAUUGAACCAAGAACCCUAGAAACACCAUCUUAUUUAUCUAAAAACAACCGAAAAUUCGAUUUCACACAUAAAGAAGAAAAGAGUCCAGUACCGGCUGUCACUAUAAAGUCAUCUCCAUUUGCAUCAAAUGCUAAUCCCUCUACUCCGAGCAAGUCUUCUCUGAUCAAUUUCUCCGUUUCACCGUCUCCUUUGAAACCCCAUAGAUUUAUGUCUUUUGGAGUAGGAAAGAAACUUUCUGAUAUAUAUAAUGAAUACAAACAUAUUCAAAUGGAAGAUAUAGAGGAAAACGAAGUUGUUGAGGAACAAGAGCAACUGGAACAUGAAGAAACACCCGCUGACCAACCGCGUCCAAAGAAGAAAGCAUUAACCCAAAAGAGAACUACUAGAAGAUGGAAGAUCAAACCAAGAAACGAUAAUACUGGAGAAGAUUCUUUCCUCAAUAAAAACAUUCAUGAAGAAAUCAAAAAAUUGGAUGAACAGAACCUCAAACAAUAUAUAGAUUACAUCGAUGAAAAUGAAGUUUCAGAAGAGGAAUUGAAUUCCGAUGAAGAGAUUGAAUUACAAUUGAAAAAACGUCCAGUAGAGGGACCAGGAAACGUUUUAAAAGUCGUAUGA